UUAUCGAAGCUAGAACAUGGGGUCGACGCUCCUUCUGUUCUGCCCACCUUGAUUCAGAACCACGCUCGCUUACAUCCCAUGUUCCGCAUCUGUUCAGGGUGUUCUGCUUAUCGCGUUCUCCGGAGUUUCAGUAGGCGUCAUGGGAGAGGAGAAUGCUGCAUCCGCGAAUAGCGUCACGGUGAACGUGAGGGUAUACAUGCACUGCGACGCCUGCGAAAGAUCGGUGCGCCGCACCAUCAAGAAAAUCGAUGGCGUGGAGACGGUGGAGGUGGACAGGGAGGAGAACAAGGUGAUGGUGACGGGGGAUUUCAAGGCCGAGAAGGUGCUGAGGAAGCUCAAGAAGAAGACCGGGAAGGAGGCGGAGAUUCUGCCUCCGGACCCAGAAGAAGAAAACCAGGAGGAAGAGAAGCAGGAGCCCGACGACGAUGCUUACGCUCCUUACGGUUACGGCCGUCCGGCGCCGGACAUGGACGCCGUUCUAGGCAACGAGUUCCAGAGGCCGCCGCGAUGGGACCUCCAUUAUUUCGACGACGAGAACACGGAAGCGUGUAGGAUCAUGUAGGGAGUAAUGCUAGAGCAGCAUCUGAUUUCGGGGCGGUAGUAUAUAUAUUCCUUGGUUCUCCUAACUUACAGGUAGUGAUGUAUUAUAACCAUUUCAUAUAUCAAAUUGGCCUAUUAGCU